GCAGCUGGCUGCACGAGCUCCGAGCUGGUAGCGUGGAGCUGAAGCGGAGCAGGCAGACGAGCAGGAGGUCGCUGACAAGUUGUUCUUAAAAAAAGUUACUCAAACUCGCAGGUGAGCCGAUUCAGCGCGUGUCCCUCACAUGGUGACCGACUACGGACUCGCAGGUAACUACGUGUUGGUAUGAAACUGUCGUUCGGGGCGGGAAACGACAACAUUUAGCUCGGGCUCGCUGACUUUUCUGCACGCUCGCUAGCUAGCUAACUGUUAGCUGCAGCAGGAGCUACUUGGCUAGCUGGCUAGCGAGGUCCAGCCCAAAAAGUUGUUUACCUCGAGUUGUGGAUGUGGUCACCCCCUGAGCUUUUCACGACUUUUCUCUGGGAUAAGAGAGCAAGGACCAAAACAUCACACUGGAUUUAACACUGCGCGCUGUUAGGAAACUAGCAGGAUGUCCACAGAGGUUGAGAGUAGUCAGGUCGACUCGGGUUUGACAGCGGCCAGCUCCGGCGGAGCGGAGGAGAAGAGCCAGAACACGUCCGAGGGCACUCACCUGCAGAGAGAGCAGGCAGAACCGGGUCAGAAAGGUUCGGGAGAUGGCCACAGCCAGGAGGCGACCCGGAGCCCGACGGACAUGCACAAGAAAUGCAAAGAAAACGAUAAAGAAAAUGACCAAAGCAGCAACGCUGACUCGGCUGUCGAGGCGGUGAAGAGGAAAGUUGUGGAGGCUCCUCCGCCGAAAGUGAACCCGUGGACGAAGAGGACGACAGGACGGGUCCCGAGCAACAACAUCAACUCCCAGGAGAAAGAUCAACAAAACGCUCUGAAAGUCGUCCGUGCCAGCAAGCCAAGAACGAGAAAAUCCAGCAAGUCGAGUGACUUCAGCGAUAUCACAAACUGGCCCACACCUGGCGAACUGGCCAAAGAGCAACAACAAAAUGUCCUCAACAACAACGGAAAGAAGCCUCCCGCCUCCUCGCGCAGGGAGAAGGAGAAGAGGAGGGAGCGACCGGACAGGAAAUCGGAGAGCAGCCAUGACGGCGGCGAGAGCAAAGAGAACCAGGAGGCUCAGCUGGACCCGCUGGGAGAGCUGCCCAAAGACGGAGAGUCCAAGACGGGACAGGACGCCAAGAGCGCCGCCCUGAAGAAGCGCGGAGGUGAGGGUAACAAACGUAAGUGGGUUUCUCUGCCGCUGGAGGACGCGUCCCGGGACGACAGCGGCGACAAGACGCCCGACGGCGGUCUGGACACGGAUGCCGCCGGCUCGCCCGACCCCACGUCGCCCAAUCACACACUCCAUAAUAACAGGGCGCAUGAUAGCAGCAGGAGUUGGAGAAGUCAGCAGCGAGACUUCGGGGACGAUAACGCCAGCGUCCGAAGCGAUGGCGGGAGCAUUCGUGGAGGAAUACGAGGCCGAGGGAAAGGUCGCGGGCGCGGGAGAGGUCGUGGAAGAGGACGUUACGAAUACUCUCAGAGCUUCCGGGACUCUCAGUCGUCCGACGGCUCGGCUCAGGCGCCCUCAGAGUUCGGCAGCAACAUGGUUUACUACUACGAUGACGGCAACAAGGUCCAGAUGUACACCGUGGACGAAAAGCUUCUUAAAGAAUACAUCAAACGCCAAAUUGAGUACUACUUCAGCCUCCACAACCUGGAGCGAGACUUCUUCCUGAGGAGAAAGAUGGAUGCGCAGGGUUUCCUCCCCGUCUCCCUCAUCGCCAGCUUCCACAGAGUGCAGGCCCUCACCAUGGACAUCAGCCUCAUCAUGGAGGCGCUGAAGAGCAGCAAAGAGGUGGAGCUGGUGGACGACAAGGUUCGCUGUAAAGUCGACCCGGAGCGCUGGCCGAUCCCCACGCCAACGAUCGUGGGCUCCCCUCGGACCGACUUCUCUCAGCUCAUCAACUGUCCCGAGUUCGUCCCUCGCCAGACGCUCAGCUCCACAAACUCCGCUUCAUCGCCUGUGAAGAAGACUCCCGAUGAGUCCGCUGAGCCUCAGGACUCGGCUGAGCCCGCCUCCUCCAGCCAGGAGUCACUCCUCCCCGCCGCCACAGACGCCUCCAAAGACGCCCAGAAACUCGACCCCGACGCCUGGAUCCAGGUGGAGAAACGCCACCGACAGCCCUCCGGGAAGGCAAAGGAGCGCAGCGAGACGUCUCCACGCGCCCGCCAGGCUCCCCCGCAGGCCGAGCUCGACCAGGAGGAGCUGGACUUCCUGUUCGAUGAGGAGAUGGAGCAGAUGGCGCCCAGGAAGAACCGGUUCACCGACUGGUCAGACGAGGACGACUCAGACUACGAGAUGGACGACCAAGACGUAAACAAGAUCCUUAUCGUCACGCAGACCCCUCCCUACAUCCGUAAACACCCGGGAGGCGACCGGACGGGAAACCACGAGUCCCGAGCCAAGAUCACCGGAGACCUGGCCAAAGCCAUCAACGACGGGCUGUUCUACUACGAACAGGACCUGUGGAAGGGCGAGGAGACGGUCGAGUGCACCAAGCAGGAAGUGGAGAACUUCAAGAAGCUGAACGUCAUCACUCAAGAUGAGUUCGAAACUCUCGCCCCCAAAAUGCCCGUCGAUCAGAACCAGGAAGUCCCGUCUAUUCCAGUGCCAGUCGACAGCGGAGCAGAGUUGGCCCGCUCUCUGCCUACAACGGUCCCGGAGUCUCCCCGUACUCACGAGCCCCGAACCCCCAGAACGCCUCGCACCCCCGGACGCCAGGACCCCAACAAGACGCCCCGCUUCUACCCCGUCAUGAAGGAGAGCGGCACCAUCGACGGACAGACGCCGAGGAAGAAGAAAACCAGCCACAGUUCGAACCCUCCUCAAGAAGCCCACAUCGGCUGGGUGAUGGACUCCCGUGAACACCGGCCGCGCUCUGCCUCCAUCAGCAGCUCCAACGCGUCUCCGUCAGAAGGAGCCCCGCUGACAGGAAGUUACGGCUGCACCCCGCAGUCUCUGCCCAAGUUCUGGCAUCCAUCCCACGAGCUGCUGAGAGACAACGGCUUCACCCAGCAGGGAUACCACAAGUACCGCCGACGGUGCCUUAACGAGAGGAAACGGUUGGGGGUCGGCCAGUCUCAGGAGAUGAACACCCUGUUCAGGUUCUGGUCCUUCUUCCUGAGAGACAACUUCAACCGGAAGAUGUACGAGGAGUUCAAACAGUACGCGCUGGAGGACGCCAAAGAAAACAACAGGUACGGACUGGAGUGUCUCUUCAGAUACUACAGCUACGGUUUGGAGAAGAGAUUCAGGUUAGAGCUGUUCAAGGACUUUCAAGAAGAGACCCUCCGAGACUUUGAGAAAGGUCAGCUGUACGGACUGGAGAAGUUCUGGGCCUUCCUGAAAUACUCUAAGAUCAAGAACCAGCCCAUCGACCCGAAGCUGCAGGAACACCUCUCCCAGUUCAAGAACCUGGAGGACUUCAGGGUGGUGCCCCCGAUGGGAGAGGAGGGAGGCAGGAGGAGACGUCACUCGUCCUCGGCCGGGGAUGAAGGGAGGCGUCGGCGACAUCCUUCCAACUCUACCUCAAAACCCACGCAGGCCUCCAAAUCCUCCACCGCUGCUCCUCCUCCUGCUGCUGCUGCUGCACAGAAAGACACACCCAAAGAAAACACCCAGAAAACAUCCGCCGCCUCCUCCCAGGGGAAGAAGCCCACCGAGCCUGGAGCGGCGAAGAAGGAAAGUGCUGCACCAAAUAAAUGAAGCCCCUCCUCCUCCUCCUGUAGGCGUGGGCGUUGGAUUGAAGAGAUGCAGAGCGAUGGCGGCGAUGGCGGCGGCGGCUCCUCUGAGCUCAGCCUUCGUUCUCUCAGCUGCAAACUGUUUGGGUUUGGAGAGCGACUGAGCGUGGUCGACUUAAUUUGAUUGUUUUUAACUGUGCAUUUCAUUUUAAAGCAAAAGCAAGCAAGCAAAGCAAAGCGUAGGCAGCGAGCUUGAAUCAGUGCGCCUGACAGCUACUAACGUUUACAAAACACAACAACAACAAAAAAAAGAAAUGCAUUCCCUGCAUUUUAGCCUUUUUAUUCUCUCUCUCUCUCGGGUGCCAAACUCUUCAACACGAUCUGUACGACAGAAGAGCUCUCAGCCUGUUGAACUGUGAUUCUAGUUUGCCAAGAUCUGAUUCUUGUGUGCCUUAAUGUGACCACCAGGAGGGCGACCGGUGAUGAAACAACCCUCUAAUUCUGCUCUCGAGAAAAAGUCUUCCGAUUUUAAUUAUUCGGGGUUUAAAAAAAAAAAAAAACUGACACCACUCGCAGGUUUUUCCAUUGUAACAUCUUCCGUUUUUUGUUUUUAUUUUUAUCAUGACAAUCAAGUUGACAGCUGCAGUCAUAAAUAAAUUUGUGAAGGACUGACUCCCCCGAGGCUGCUGCUCCUUUAACACUUGUGCUCCCUCGAGUCUGACUCGACGGGCGUCACAACGAAACUACCGCCGCUGGUUUUUAAUUAAAACCUUCAGUAAAGAUGACAAAUUAAUCUGGGGAGCUUUAAGUCCGUUUUACACCCAGAGUUAGUAUAAUUUAUUGUUUUAUUUCUGUUUUUCCAUGUACUUUGAUUUGAUGGAAUAGUCUUAGGUAAUCAUUGCAGUUUUUAUCGGCUUCUUCUGCUUAUCGAAUAUGAUAAUAAAGGAAAACUUUUCUGCUGGAAUUAUGGGUGUGAAGCUAGCAUCAUGAAACUUACAGUAUAUAUCUUAGCUUUGGAAGUUUACUUCGUAUUAUGUGUUUGAGGCUUGGUGCUCUAGAGCACUUAAAUCGUUAACUUUCCCUUUUACUUUAUCGACGGAAGAAGGUUUUUAGAGUUGAAUUUAAAAGAAAAAAAAUGUAAAUACUAUAAAAAAUCAUUUGCUAUUCAAUUAUUCUCUUGAUUUUAAGAAGUGAUUUGUUUUAUCGGUAGUGUGGUUUUUUUUUUGAGUGUGUUUUAGGUUAAAGCGAUGCAUGUUUAAUGCCUUUUGAGUCUUGAAUUGUAAAAUGCAAAAAAAUAUAAAAUAACAGUUGAUUGUA